GUUAUGGGUGGGUGGGGGCAGGGAAGCUAGAUUAUGUCAUAAGGAACUAGCUAAUGUGUAUGGAGAGGUUAGGGUAGAAUUGACUCCAGAAGGAGAGGCAAACUCAGGCAAAUACUCCGUGGAAGUUCUCCUUUGUGUAAAAUGACCCUGCCUGUGUGUGCGUCCUGUUGCGAAAGAGAGGCGUGGCCUGAUAGACAUGAUUAGUAGAUUUCCUGUGCUGCCAAGAAGGAGUACAGCAGCUGUACGCUACUGGAGAGCUUGCCAGAGAAAUCCGCUCUGCAGAAUCGGGUGUCAUUAUUUACUGAGCGCGGGGGAGUUUCUUUUCACGUGUGAUCCGCUUUCAUGGACUAACCAAGGCAGGAACCAACUGAGGAACGCCUGUGUUUUUGGCAGCCUCUUGCCUUUCACCCAAGUUGGUGAAACUUACUAAGCAGACUCCAGGGCUGCUCCUGGGUGCUGUUGUUUCUAGACCUUCGGCUCUUUACAAUCGUUCUCACCCGCUAAUUUCUCCCUGGGCUUUUUCUAAGAGAUAUUCUCGUUCGUGGGCAGGGGCAGCCCCAUUGUUAACGCUGCACUCAGCCUUCUGUCUAGGAGGCUGCGGAAGCUCCUGGUGCCAGAGUGCCAUGCUCCAAGAUCCUUCAGCAAGUCAGUGGUGGGUGUUUAAAUGUGGUCCAUGGAGCCUUGAAAUGUGAACAGUAGCCAUCCUUUCCCAGCAACUGCAGGGUAAAGAUGACAAGGAUUUUAUUGCUUGGAGCCUUGACCACAGCAAACCUUUCCUAUUCAUCUAUCACGUUUUGCUUGAGCAGCCUCAGAUAUUGCUUUAUAGAAGAUGCACUAUUACCGAUACUCUAACCCAGAAAUCAGCUGUUGGUACAAAUACCUGCUUUUCAGCUACAACAUCAUCUUCUGGCUAGCUGGAGUUGCUUUCCUUGCAGCCGGGCUUUGGGCAUGGAGUGAAAAGGGUGUAUUGUCUGAUCUCACGAAGGUAACCCGUCUCCAUGGCUUUGACCCGGUGGUACUUGUCUUGGUGGUUGGAGGAGUGAUGUUCGUUCUGGGAUUUGCUGGUUGCGUAGGAGCGUUGAGGGAAAACAUCUGCCUUCUGAAGUUUUUUUGUGGAGCAAUCGUGCUUAUAUUUACGUUGGAGCUGGCUGCGGCAGUGCUAGCUUUCUUGUUCCAGGACUGGGUGAGGGACCGGUUUAAGGAAUUCUUUGAGAAUAACAUUAAAUCCUACCGAGAUGACAUCGAUCUACAGAACCUCAUUGACUCAUUGCAGAAAAUUGAACUGGAUGGAAGUUACAAUUUGAACAGAUACUAUGGUCUAGGGCAAUGGUUUUCAAACUGCAGGUCACAACCCAGUACUGGGUUGUGGAAUAACCAUUGCUGUGGUGCUCAGGGGCCAGAUGACUGGGAUCUUAACAUUUACUUCAACUGCAGUACUGAAAGCAAAAGUCGUGAGAAGUGUGGGGUCCCCUUUUCCUGCUGUGUACCUGAUCCUGCUCAAAAGGUUGUGAAUACGCAAUGUGGAUAUGACAUCAGAGCACAGAAGAAAAACCAAUGGGACAAUUUAAUUUUCACCAAGGGUUGUAUCCCUGCUCUUGAAGCUUGGCUACCCCGAAACAUCUACAUUGUUGCAGGUGCCUUCAUAGCUAUCUCAUUGCUGCAGAUUUUUGGGAUUUUCCUGGCCAGGUCACUGAUUUCGGAUAUUGAAGUUGUAAAGGCCGGUCAUCUUUUCUGAAAACGAAAGCAGACACCAGCUGUGAAGACAUACAUUUCACUGCUAUUGAUUUGACAUGAAGGUGAAAAGAAAUUGAGACACACACAGGUCUUGGAGUGCUCCAGGUUUUAAAAGCCUUAUUUUUGUAUCAGCCAGAUGUUACUCCGCUUCUGCUUUUGCUGCAGGCUGGUGCAGAAAGAACACACUGCUUUCUCCCCCAGAUUCCCUUCUCGCUAGUGCAACAUCAGUUUCUUUCUCCAAGGGGAAGACUAGAUUUAAACCUUUUUUGGUGUGGAAGAGAUUCCCCUAAACCUAAGAGGGAUGGACCAAAAGACUCCAGUAAGCAGAAUGGAAACUGCUAUAAACCAGUCCCGUACCUUGAAGAACUUGCUGCUGUAAAGGCUGUUUUGUCUUGGCUCCUAGCUGCCAUCAUUGGAGGUUGCCAAUGUUGCAUUCAUUAUGUGGAUCAUAGCUGCAUCUGUUGUGAUGUUUGUCAUGGUCUUAGAAGAGAGUGUCCUAAAGAUUGACAAAUGACCGCAUUGAUGGAAUAGGCAAAGGAGGUUACUUUAAUGUCUAUUCUCAAAACAUUGUAGUCUGUUCUCGAAACAUCAAGCAUUUCAUUGUGUUCUAUUUGAGUGGAAGGCCCAGGCAGUUAUGUCAUUGGAUUAUUGUGAGUCAUGAUAGUCUUGGUAUUAGAGACUGUAAAGAAAUGUCAUUAAGUCUCUAGUUGUCAGAUGGAACCUCAGCUGUGCAGAAGUAGGGAGAAUCCCUAUAUGACCUGAGCUAAUGUAGAUAUUUCAGUAGGGACUCAAAUGCUUGAGUAACCGAAGCCACUUAUUUUGAAAGUUCUUGCCAACAUAAGUUUCUCAAGACGAAGUAAUUUAAUUAUACGUUGAUAGCAUAUUUGGAAAUCUUUUCAUGAGGGUAGGUGGAUUCUCUGAUACUAUUUCUCCUUUUUAGAUGUUUGUAAAUAGUUCUAAUUUAUAGAGGAGAAAAUCUCACCAUUUGCUAACACUGUUUUGUAGAGCAAUUACUUCUAAAAAGAGUGAUAUCUGCUGGGCUGCAGGCAUUUAAAAAUGCUGCUUGGUACAAGAGGUCACUGAAUAUGCGAUUGUAUCCGUCAAGAGCUCUCUUGUCUGCCAUCUGUUCUCUUUCACACCUGUCCACUGCACUGUUGUUUAUCAUCUUCUUUGACUGUUGAUUGCCAUAUUAGGACUAAAAAGAAAUUAAAGGACAAGCUAAACUCUGUUAGGCCUUUGAUUCAGGAUUUUCCAGGCUAGUCAAAAGCUGAUCUAACCUACAUGAGAGUCUAGUGGAGCACUGGAGUUACUAGCAUUAAUUUAUUUAAAAAAAUCUUUUGAAUGCAUUGUUGUUUCCCAUUCCAUUUGUCCUUUGCUGCUCAGCUUUUCCUGCAAAAAUGCCAGAUCCAGUCAUGUUGAAGAAAUGCUCAGAGCUGCGUCUCCAGAAUAAUGCUGUAGGCCCUGGCCCAAAGUAAGUGCAGCUCCCAUUGAAGUCAAAUGGAUGUGGCUCCCGUUUACACCAGGGAUGAAAUUAAAUCCUUAUGAUGUUUCCUACAAACUGAGAUGCUUAAGACCUGAUCCAAAGUCCAAUGGAAAGACUCCCAUUGACUUCAGUGGCCUUUGCAUCUGGCCUGCAGUGCUAGUCCAAACCAUUCUUCUGCUCUUCUGUGAAAUCAAAAGUCAGAGCAGAAUUAACUGUAAAAGCUGAAAUGUGUGAUAUGUAAUAAGAAACUCUUUUUUAAAUAGUUGUUGCAGUGUCAAUUUUACUGUGGGCUAUUUACUAGCAAACUGUUCACUGCUUGUAGUGGCACCCUAUUUUUCAGGGAUAGCAGUUACUUGCAGUGUCUAAUGUAGUGUACAUUCUAGUAAAGUAUAUAUUUUUGUAAUUAUAUUUUACUACAUUAAUGCUUGUUUCCAAAGUGUUAUGCUUUCUUAGAAUGCCAAACUUCUGAAUAUAUCUUUUUAUAUACAUGUGUGUAACAUUUUGUGUGUUAUCUAAGUAUUAAAGAGCAAUUCACUGGAAGAAAGGUGAUACCAAUAGGGAUCUGUACCAGCCUUUCUUGCCUGAAAGCUGGAAGGUGGCUGUUUUGACAUUCUGUGAAACAUUUCAUGGACAAUGCUAUAUUUUGUAUGUGGCUUUCAGCUGAGCUUUCUUGUUUCUUUUUCCGGCCAAUGACUGAGACCGAAUGGGAAAAGGAAGCCUGUCUUAAGAAUGGCUGAUUUCCUCAGAGACUGACAAAGAAUACAGUGUCUAUUGUAUUCUUCUGCAAGACCUGAAGGUGUAAUCUCCAGGCAUAUGCUGUGACUUUUUUUUUUUCUUUGAUCUGCAACAAGAAGAAAAACAGUAAGUAGGAGAAGCUGGAAAGAGGGCAAAAGAAGCUUCUUCUACAGAGCCCUGAAAGUGAAGUCUGUGCCACAUGUUUGCUGUAUCUACUGCAGCGGCAACAGGCUCAAACUCUCUGCUGAUAUUUGCAUUUAGUAGGUAGCACAGCAAUGUCUAUAGUUAUUGCUUCAAGUUAUUCCACUAAGAAUGUUGGUUUGCUGUGCCAGACAACCCAAGGCUUAAAGCUACAUCAACCAAUUUAUGCUUGUGACCUGCAACAAUACAGUAAUCCAUUUAGUUUGAAAACACUACAUUCUGCUUGUGAAAUGUAGCACCUGAAUUGCAUCUUGAGAAUAGGUUUCACUAUUCUCUGAACUUGUGAAAAGGUAGCACUUUCCUAAAAGACGAAUAAAAUCAGCAGGCCAUUUUCUUAGCUGGGGAAAAUCAACAUAGCUCCACUAGCUUCAUUGGAACUACCCCAACACCAGCUGAGGAUCUGGGCUGGAGUAAGAUCUCUCUGUAGUUCUCUGUAUCAUCAGGUUUCUUCUGCUUGCUUGAUGGCAAAUUAGUGUCUAACUCCUCUUGUCUUAUCAAUCAUGUCUUCUAUGCAAAACAAAAUUAAUCUGAAGUGUAGCAUCACAAUUAGAUGCUUAUUCCUGUUGCUUUUACUACUGUUAACACUUAAAGUUAAUAGCAGCUAUUUACAACACUGCUUCAGUGCUCUGGUAAAUAAUGCUUAACUCCUUAAGAAAGCAGAGAAUAGGGUUUUUAUAUAAUUUUUCACUUUUUUUCUGCUUUUGAAUUUUCAAAAGUGCUUAACUCCCACAUAUAAAAGCGACUUGGGACUUAAGAGCCUACGUAUAUUUAAAAGUGACUUUCCGUAUGGGACUUUGGAUCCUAAGUCACUUAGGUACUUCUGGAAAUUUUGUCCCUAGCCAUUUUAAAAAGCAGUUCUGCUGGCAGUGGCAAAUAUGGUUAGCAAAAACUAGAUCCCUGAAUUGAUGUGAAACAUGAACAUUUGCCCAUUGCUUACUAAACACGUUUGUAAACAGAACAUCCUUUAUGAACCUGCAGUGCCUUAAUUGCUAGAGAUAUGUAGGUUCUGAUUGCCUGAGUCCUGCAAAGCUAACCAGCUAACUGCUUCCGCUGCCUCUAUGGCUUCUAAUGAGGAGCAACUCAAAUCAUUCCACCACCAAACUUCAUAACUGCUUGAAGCUGAGAUCUUAAUGGUAGCAUUCAGACCAAGUCCACCACACUACAAUAGAAACAAGUUCUGUUGUUUUUUUUAAUUAAAAUAUCAGAUGUGAGCUCUAACUUAUGACCUGAACUUGAGAGACAAAAGCAGAACUAAUGGAUUGGGCUAUGAGAGGACAUUUAAUUUCUAGGAAGUGAGUGCUUUUAUUUCUGGGAUACUUUAUCUUUAUCUUUAUUUACUUUUUCAUCGUUAUGAGUGACAGUGAUAAUUGGCUUUGGUCUCUGGUUCAUGCACCUGGAUUCAGACACACAACUGCUUAUGGAUCAAGAUGAGAAUACAUUCUUUUGUGAGCCUCAGAUUGAGCAAAGCACACAGAAGUGUAUCCUCUUUCCUAAGGAGAACCCCUCUCCUGGGAAUCUGAACAAUCCCCACCCAAUGUUGCAAUGAUCUUUUCUACAGCACAAGAAGGCUGGAGUGUGAUCCCACCAGUCUGUCAAGGCUGCUCCACAACUCAGCCUGAGCUGUAUGUCAAGCGGCUCCCCACUCUUCCAGAAGCUAGGCAUGUAGCUUUAACAGUGUUUCUAAUCCACAAAAGGAUGGAUCAAACUCUUCUCCCCAGUUGUUUUCCUUGGAGUUUGGUUUUCUUUUCUUCCAAUACCUUUGUCUUCUAAGCCUUAAAAUAAAUUGACUUAAUAUAUCAAACCUCAUGUCUCUCAUCACUGGAGCCGUGUUUUCUUUUCAGCUCUGAAACUUGUUGGAUCCAGUCAUUUUGUAAAUUGAGUAUUUUUAUUGCUGAGGUUUAAAUUCUUCAUUGUUGCUUUUGAUGACCAACACAAACGAUAUGAUGCCUUUAGCAUAGGUGCUUUUGGUAUGUUUUUAUAUCGAGACCUUUUUAAUUCAUUCUUGUGUUGCACUCCCAGCUGCCAAAUGUUGCUUAUGAUUUAUCGCACAGAUGUGUUCUGUAUGGUCUGCCAAGUCGAAGACUGGAAUUGAGUGAGUGUUUGAAAGUCCAGUGUCAGUGUUUCAAGGAGAACUGUAAAAUGCGUUGUAGAGAAGCAGUGGCAGAGUCCCUAACAUUUGUAUAAAUAAAGUUAAUUUUCAUUACCUGUA